GAUUUUAAUAACUUAGAGAUGACAGACCUCCAGAAUGAACUACAACUCUCACAAAUUGUGAAUUUUCCUACACACGGGAACAAUACUUCGGACCUUAUUCUCACAGACUUAAAUGACUUUUAUAAUCCACCAAUCCCGUUGGCACCGUUCGGACGCAGCACACACCUCACCGUACUUUGGACACCCAAGUCCUCCCUCGCACCUACUCACGAAACAACCACCGCUAAGUACCGCCCACUCACACACUUGGCCAUUCUCGCGUUUGGGAAAUGGUUAGUCCACUACCUUUGGGUGGAGGUUUUCACAGUGCCCGACGUUCAAACCAAGUGGAACAACUACCUUUCAUCCAUCACAGCCGCGUAUCACCACUUCUUCCCGGAGAAAAAGAUACGCCGCCACCCAGCCGACCUACCAUGGAUCACUGACAAAAUCAAGCGACUCAUGCAGCCACGCAGCCACGCCCAUCAAACUGGUAAUACAAAUCUGUACAAGAGUCUACGAAAUAAGGUAAUCAGGGAAAUAAAACUAGCGAAAAGGAAUUGUUAUCCGGACAAAUUACAACAUCUUAAAGAAUCUGAUUCCAGUAAGUGGUAUGGACAAAUAAAACAACUUUGUGGCCUGAACAAUAAAUCCAGCACUCUCCCAUGCCUAAGUCACCUCACUAGACAAGCAGCCGCAGACGAGGUGAGCCACCACUUUGUAUCCAUAUGCCAACGUCUGCCUCGCUUAGACGUCACCAACCUGCCAACCACAGCCCCGACCAUCCACGAACACCAGGUUUGCCGGAAGCUACAACAAUGCCGAACCAAAAGGUCAGCUACGUCUAUUGAUAUUCCAAUGAAAUUAUUAAAAGAAUUUGCACCACAACUAUCAACGCCGCUUACCUCCAUCUUUAACGCCUCUUUGCAACAAGCCGAAUCACCACUUGACUGGAAAACCUCUUACGUAACUCCAGUCCCUAAGACCCCCUCCCCCACCUCCCUGGAUCAGACCCGCCAUGCAGUAUCCAUCACCCCUCUGCCCAGUCUCAUGAGAGCUUCGUGACGGACUGGGCUUACACGGACCUCAAACACAGCUUCGACCCCCAGCAAUUUGACAACAUAAAAACAACCUCAACCACUCACUACUUAAUAAGUUUUCUUGACUAUAUCUAUAAUAAUCUGGAGAAUCGGAAAACAUCUGUAGCAGCUGUCCUCGUUGACCUGAGCAAGGCGUUCGAUCUGGUUGACCACACCACCGUCAUCCAGAAGGCGUUGGCGAUGGGGCUACGUGAGUGCGUUGUGGCGUGGCUUGCGGACUUCCUCGCAGACUGGCGCCAGGCAGUCCGCCUCCAGAGUGCCACCUCUACCUUCCUGCCCCUAAAGUGUGGAGUUCCCCAGGGCCCCAAGAUCGGACCCUUGUGCUUUUUAAUUCUCAUCAAUGACGCCCUCCAAGAUAUGCCCCACCGAUGGAAGUACGUUGAUGAUUCCACCUUUGCAUCGUCCGUCAACAACAACAGCCACGACUAUACGACAUUGCAGACGAUCCUCAACAGCCUCCUCGACUGGGCAACAGACAACCACGCAACCGUCAACAAACAGAAGACUGUGGUCAUCCAUUUUGGCCUCGCCACCACCCCCACUCCACCCCCGUGCCCUAACUCUGGGAGACCACGUCCUUGACGUCGUCAUCACAGCAAAACUUCUGGGUAUCACAAUAGACCGAAAACUCUCCUGGGAUCAACACAUUGCCACACUCUUGCAUGUCUCCUCUUUCCGACUGUACAUGCUACGCCGCCUUAAAUCACUAAGUUUGCUUCCAUCAGAGCUCACAAAUAUCUACAAAACUUUCAUUCUUCCUAAACUCACAUAUACCUCACCUCUCCUUCCUGGUCCUCCAGGCUCAACAUCACACAAAGAAAUAAACUUGAAAAAGUACAGAAAAGAGCAACCACCUCAUAUUCAGGUUACAAUUAUGCACUGAGUACACUGGGCCUUAAGCCGCUAAACACCCUUUAUACUAAUGUAGCGCCACGGUGACUAAGCCUGAUGGGCGAGCCUCCCAUAACUCCCUCUGCCAGGGAGAUACCUCUUUGGCCGACUGAAUAAGGAAUGGCUCUCCCGUUACGCUGGUCGCGGGUUAUAUCCCCGGCGCCGGUAAAACCUUUCCUUGUCUGGAUUAAUUUCUCGUGUGUUUCGUUACACGCGGUGGUCGUGUGGGAGUGUAGAAAAGAGAAAAUUCUGGCAUUUCAAUAACAACCUCCUUCACUUCGGCCCGCAACUCCUUGACAACCCCCGCCAACCUCCCGAACUGACCGCCACAAGAACAGCCCUGUACCGACCAUAGUUAGACUAAUCAACAAUAAAUAAAUCUCUCUUAACUGGACUUAUUGUGUAUAUGCUAAUGCAUUGCUACAAGCUCUUCUCCUUUUAUAGUAAUUUUCUUUUAUUUCUCCAUCGAUGCUCGUCAUGUUUAUCUUAACUCUUAUUUUAUUGCACCAAAGAUUGUAAUUUUAUUCUUUUCCAUUUACAUUUUAAUUUUCUUUUACUUGUAUCUGCAAGGCACUUCCCAUCCUAUGAAUGUAAUUUUUCAGCCAGUUUGGCUGCCAAAGCAAUGAACCGUAUAUUAUUAUUAUUAUUAUUAUUAUUAUUAUUAUUAUUAUUAUUAUUAUUAUUAUUAUUAUUAUUAUUUGUUGAAUAUCAACACCGUGGCUAAGAUCUGGAGGUGAACGGAGGGUAGAGACAGGCUGGUGGCUGCUCGAUCUCUUCUUCUUGCCGAGACUUGUUUAUUUUCAGCGACAGGAACUUAUACAGACAAAACCCGUGAAAGGCAAAUAUGUACCUAUCUCAGUUCAACUAAGAAUACAAAACUUGAUUUACAGAAACCAAAUUAAAUUAAUUAUAGUAAAGGAAAAUAAUGGUUUCAGUAAUUUCAGCUUAAACUGUUGGAUUUAUAAAAAAAAAAAUGUGGAGGAGUAAUUAAAGAAACUGUACUUUACAUGGGAGACUUAAAUAACUUCUUCACUAACUUCAACAUUAUUAUUAUUACAUACAUACAUACAUACAUACAUACUUUUCAGAGUAUUGAUCCAUAUUUACAUCAGAAAUGUGGGGCAACAGGCCUUACACACACACACACACACACACACCAUCACCACCACCACCACUAAUAACCAUGAGGUGACGAAAGUGGCGACGGAGGCGCUGACGGGGGUGCGUUGGUAGGGACGGUGGUGGCGGCGGCGGGCGCCAACGGGGGUGGUAGCAGGUGGGCGGGCUGCGGUGAGUGGGGUGGUCAGGCGGAGGUGAUGGCGGAUGGUGGUCACGGUGUUGGGCAUGGUGGCUUGGGCGCCAAAACGGGGACGUUCACCUCAAUCAAUAACCGCUCGCGCCCUUCGCUCCCUGCGGUCAUGGCGGCCAACAUGGGCGGCGGCGGCAAGCGGCGAUGGCGGCGACGACCGGGGAGCCGGGGGCGGUCAUGACGGUCGGCAAGAGCCAGGUGGCAGGCGGGCGCUCUGUGAUCAUCCCGCGGAUUCCCGCCAGCGCGAGGAGAACCAUUUCCCAGCCACCCCCUCCGACCCUGGGGAGGUGGGUGGCUGGAUGGCGCGCGAAGGCGGAUUUUCUGACCACUCCACCCCUGACCCCGCCCAUACAUGCCACUCCGCCGCGCCAAGCCCCGCCCCGCCAAGCCCCGCUCCGCUUCGCUCCACUCUCCGCCCACCAGUGCCACCAACCAUCAAUUAGUAGAGAGCUGCUCGCCCUGCAGCCUGCCAGUGUGGUGAAUGUGUCUCGGGGUGUGAGCAACAGAUACAAUCACAGGGCCACAGCGUCACCACAUUCAGUGGUCAGAAAAUGGGUAGUGAAUUUGGGGAAGUAACUGAGAAGACUACAAAAAACUGCGAAUGCUCAAAACAACAAAACUUGGGCAUGGUUAGCAUGGCCAGCAUCUACCUGGUAGGAGUGGAGGCCAUAGAUCAGCCUCAACAACCUCCCUUGGCUGCAGAGAACAACAACCAACAACAUGAAGGAAACGCACGGAGGGUACAUCCUCAAACACUGCCCACCCGUCACCGCCACCACCAACACUAGCACGGAAACAACCUCCAGGGACGUGGCCGCCGCCCGCCGCCUCCAGCCCACGCCACGGCGCGGAGGGAGAGGCCGGAGGGAUGAUCUGUGCCUGUACUACUUCACCGAGAAUGUGCUGUACCGCGUGACGCUGACAGCAGGCCAACCUAUACCGGCUGUUGCUUUAAUGGUUCUUUAAAUAAAUGUAGAGGCUUUUGGCAGUACCUUCUUUUCCUUCAGUGCAAGAUUCUUUGAUAUGUUUUUGUUUUCACACAUGAAGAACGAAUGGUACCAAAUAUUUGAUCAGGAAUAAAACUUGUAUUGCAAAAUGAAAAUGGAAAGAAGGAAAUUAAGUGCAAUGAGUUCUUCCUUCCUUUUUCCUUCUCCUCCUUUUCCUCUUUCUCCUCCUCCUCCUCCUCACCCACCACUACUCAGAGGGAUAAGAGGAACGAAGGGGAAGGGGAGAAAAGUGGGAGACAGAAAUGGGUGAGAGGGCGAGGCACGAAGGAAGGAGGAUGCUCUCUCUCUCUCUCUCUCUCUCUCUCUCUGACUCAACUUCCGGCGAGUGGGCGCCUGCCCAGAGAGCCCGUUCCUCCGUCGCUUCUCGCCGGCUGUUACCCGUGGCUGUGGCGGCGGCGGAGGCGUCCCUACACCCGCCGGGACUUAAAUUGCCCACCCCCCGUUACAGGGCCGCCUUGUGCAAAGGCCCUGUCCCCGUAUUUAGGGGGUAAAUCCUAAAGAAGAAGAACUCCCGGCGCCUGCCCUCCUCCCCCCCUCACUUCCCCUCGGUCCCCUCGCCGUGCAGUUCGGAGAAGAGGUUGUCCCCUCCUUCCUCAUUGUCCUCCUAGCUUUAUCGAGGGCGCUGGCGGGGGAGGGGGGGGGGGGCGAAGGAGGAUGGAGGAAAAGUAACGAGGCGGAGGGAGAAGGGAGGAGCGAAAGAGGUUAUCGGGCAUAUAGUUAAUGUUUGUGUGUUUGUUGGUUUGCGUGUAUGAUACAGAAAGGUGGGUGAAUGGGGGGAGGGGGAAGCACAAGUCAUUCUUGACUCCCUUCUUCCCCUCGUCAGGCUCAACACGACCCCUCCCCCCCUGCGACGGCUUCUCCCCCCGUUGGUCACGAAGUCCCUCCCCCCAUCAUCCCCCACCCCCCACCCCCUGACGAUUCCUCUUCCCUCUUCGGGCGACUGAUUUAGCCGCCCACCCCACUCACCCUCCACACCACUCAGCGAUUCUUUCACCGCCUCGGCCGUGCGCCAGAUCCCCUUACCUCACCGCCUACUGCUCACUCACCAGAGACGGUUGCGGCGCGCUUCCCGUCCUGGGCCAGUCUGCGGCGUUGCG